UCAAAUAAAAUUAAAGGUGUAUACAUUUUCAGCAUACAGAGCUCAAAUAUAUUAAUUUAAUGUGAGCCAUGAACGAAGAAUUAAUUAAUUCUACACUAUAAUAAUUUCUACACAAGUUUUCUGUAUUUCUAAUGCGACAACGGUAGCGCAAUGUUAAUAGGGCAAAAAUUGUGUUGUGACAUGUCAAUAUAACCUUAAAAACACUGAACACAUGCAAGAUUAUUGUUGCGUUUCAUUAAUUAUAUAAAGAUAUAAUGGCCGAUAAAAUAAGGUUUGAUUCAAAGUUUGAUGUGCAAAACAAUUAUGAGCCAUCAGAUUCAGAAAAUGAAUAUUCUGCGGACGAAAAAGAAAUUAUAGAAAAACUGCGUAAAAGAAAACAUCAAGACUCAGAUAGCGAAGAAGAGGUAUAUGGGUUUUCUGAUUCCGAUGCCAGUUCAGAGAACAAAAGUGAUUUGGGUAUAGCAGAUAGUGAUUUAGAUGGCGGGGACAAGUCUGAUGAUGACUUACCAGACUCCAAAGCAUGGGGCAAACAGAAGAAGUCUUACUAUUCAACAGAUUAUGUUGAUGAAGACUAUGGAGGAUUUGGUGAUGAUGAACAGGAUGCUCUCAUGGAAGAGGAAGAAGCAAAAAAUAUCCAGAAGAGAUUACUUGAACAACUUGGAGAAGAGGAUUUCUCUCUUGAGUUUUUUACUAAACAAAUAAAAAGUGAAGGUGAAGAUAUAUUGAUUAAACAUGAUGUGAGUCAAAUGUCAAAAAGACAAAAGCUACAACUAUUUGAAAAAGAAAGCCCUGAAUUCUCUGGUCUUAUUGAGGAUUUUAAAUCAAAAUUAACUGUUGCUAAGGAUGAUUUGCAACCAGUUUUGGAAUUAGUAAAAGGUGGUAAACUGCCCAGUUGUUCAGCUUCUAAAUUUGUAAAAACAAACUAUGAAUUAAUUUUAAACUACUGCACAACAAUUAGCUUUUAUCUUUUGUUAAAAAGUCAAAAAAUAAACAUUCAAAAUCAUCCAGUGAUAAAAAGAUUGUACCAAUAUAGACAAAUGCUUAAAAAGAUGGAACCUAUUUAUAAUACUGUAAUCAAGCCACAAAUAGAUAAAAUCUUAAACACAUUGAAAAAUAACUUAGAAUUGCAGCUUAUUAAGGAAAAUAAGAACAAGAAGCGCAAGUCCGAUAUGCAAUCAGAAAACCCCACCAAGAAACUUAAAUUAUUAAAUAUAGUUGAAAAAGAUGACGGGGAAGACACUGGAGUUUCUGAUGACGAUAAUAGUGAAGCUGAAAAUUCUGAAUUAGUUGACAACAAAAUUGAAGAUCAAGCAGAUCAAUCAGAGGAAAGUGGGUUCUCAGAUAAUGAUGAGCCAGAAAGUGAACAAAAUAAACCAACAACUUCAAAUCAAGUAAGUGAUGCAAUCCCUGAGGAUGUAGGAGACAAGAGGGAGAUAACUUACCAAAUUGCUAAAAACAAAGGUUUGACACCACACAGAAAAAAGGAACAAAGAAAUCCCAGAGUGAAACACAAACUAAAAUACAGAAAAGCCAAAAUAAGGAGGAAGGGUGCUAUUAGAGAGCCAAGAACAGAGAUCACAAGGUAUGGUGGGGAACCCUCAGGUAUAAAAGCAAAUGUGAAAAAGAGUAUUAAAAUAAAAUAACACAUUGUCUUAAUCAUUCAUUAUGUUUAUUUAAAUACAAUGUAUUUGUUUUAUUUUCUCAAUAAAGUUGUAGUUUACAUUUAAAA